ACAUGACCCUGCCCAGCCAAAACAAUGUGGUUCCUCUCCCUCCAGAGGAGAUGUCUCCACUCCACAACAUGUUUGAUGAAGAAGUUAAAGGGGAAAAGUGUCGCCGAGCAGCGCUGGCUGCAGCGGCAGCUCAGAGACCCGUAUGUCAAAGCUUCUCACGCUCAAAACUUCCGGUGCAGAAGCGCCUUCAAGCUGCUGGAGAUAGAUGACAAGUUCAGGCUGCUGCAGCCCGGCUUCAGUGUGGUGGACUGCGGAGCUGCACCUGGAGCCUGGAGCCAGGUGGCUGUCCAGAGGGUCAACUCAGCCGGGACAGAUCCAGAGUUACCACAUGGUACAGUUGUUGGCAUUGAUCUGUUGCACAUACCACCUCUGGACGGUGCCCACUUCCUGUCUAGUCAUGAUGUCACUGAUCCCGUCACACACGCCAAACUGAAAGAGCUUCUACCCAAUGGCCGGGCUCACGUCAUCCUGAGCGACAUGGCGCCCAACGCCAGCGGUUUCCGAGAGAUGGACCACGAAAAACUCAUCACAAUGUGUUUGUCUUUGAUAGACUUGGCUGAGAGGAUCUUACAGCCAGGGGGCUCUCUGAUUUGUAAAUAUUGGGACGGGAUCCUUGCUCAUAAACUGCAGGAGAAACUCUCAAGUGUGUUCAAGAAUGUUCAGACUUUAAAGCCGAACGCCAGCAGGAAGGAUUCAGCGGAGAGAUUUUUCCUCUCUAGAAUGUACAAAAAGCCAGUAAAAUGAUCAUAUUUGUCUUUUAUUUUUCAAAUGUGCGUCCUAAAAUGAGCAAUAGAUGUCCAAUCUAGCAUUUUCUGGAGAUUCACAGACUGUGUUUUUGAUGAUAGGACAUGCAGAAGAGGCUUACUAAGUGUCUCUGAUCAAAGGGUGGCACUGUUGAGGCAUCAGUGAGGCUCACAGCUGCAGGCGAAGACACAUUAUAUACUGCCGGUGCUGAUUUUUAUCCUGCAAACUUAACACAGUAGCAGCCGUGGAUCCGUAAUAUGUAAACCUAUGCAAGAAUCAUCAGUGUGAUAUUCCUCAAGAGCCCGAUGCUGUUUUCUCUCAAGUUAUUGUUUGCCCCACAGUGUUUGUUCUACACAGUCAGUUUGGUAUUUGCUUUGUUACAGAAAGUCAUUUACCAGUGCUGCUUAUGCUAAUAAUUUUCACUGCCAGCCAUGUAGAAAUAUGUAAUCAUUCUCUCAUUCAGAGCGUAUGAAGGGACAACCUAAUACAGAGUCACAUACAGCAUGACUAAUGGGAAGUGGGAUGAUACUGAAGCUUGGCACACUGCAAGUGUUGUCAGGCUCUGCUCUCUGACAGUGCAGAGAUGUCCAUUUCCUGUGAAAAUAUUU